CCCCACCUCAUUCCAGUUACAUCAGUAAUAGUGUUGACAAAGAGGUGUACUAGUGCUGGCCACUCUCCCGUGGGGUCACCCUCUCAGGAUUCAGAGUCUUUGUGGUGGAGGGUAGAAGGAAAUUUUGCAGGAGUGUGUUCCUUGGCCAUUCCCAGGUGGGCACCGCAGCUGAUCUGGCAUGGAGGUUGCAGUGUGGCCUGCUGUGUGCGCACGGUCUGAUCAUGGUCUUUGUUGGCAGAGUGGCACGAUGCAGAACUUCUUGAUGCUGCUGAGGGAGCACGGGAACACCCACCCACCCCCGGCGGAGCUGGUGCCCCUCGCGGGCAGCCUAUGCCAUGACCUCCAAGAUGACCUCACCCAGGUGCAGCCUUUGGUUUCUGCCAUUCUGGACAGCCAGCUGCGCCCGCACCUCCUGGACAAUGCAGAUGUGGCCCUGGUGUGUGCCCGUGUCCUGGCCCAGCAGGAGCAACAACAGGCAGCCUGCCGGCUUCUGGAGGGUUGUCAGGUGCCAGGAGGCAGUCGUGAGCUGGUGCAGCUCUGGAAUGACAUUCACUACGACCUGGCCAGGAGGAAGCUGGGUGUGGCUGUGCUGACCCCGGUGCAGAAGUUCCGCUGCAGGAAGAGGAAUCCCCCUCCCGCAGGCCUCUGCCCGGACGGCCUGAAGAGUCGGAACUUCCCCAGAGAGGUCCGCAGGAGGCUCCAGGACUUUGCCUUGGCCGUGAGCCUUAACCCCAGCAAGGCCCAGCGGGAGAGUUUGGCUUUGGAGACAAGCUUGACUGCAGAGCAGGUCUACAACUGGUUCGCUAAUUACCGGCGGCGCCAACGGUCCCUGCUCCAGCAUGUGCAGCCAGCCCAGCGGGUGGUGGCCGAUGACCCCAGUGCAAAGGAGAGACAUCUGGACUGCUGGCGUCAGUGGUCCGCCCGGCCCAGGGACGGUAUACCUCAGCAGUCCCCAGACGCCCUCCAAAGACCUUGGGAGGCCCUGGCCCUGGUCACAGACCUUCCUGGAGCUGAGACGAUCUCAAGGCCCCUGGCUCCCAGGUCCCUGCAGGGUGGUCAGAUGCACCAGGAAGAGCUUGGCCAUGAUCCUGCCUCCGUCCUCACCAUCUGCCCUGGCUCUGGUCUCUGCACUCUGCCUGCCGACAACAAUGUUGUGGAGUCCUCUCUGGUGGCCUCUGAAUCAUGGUUGAUGUCCCUUGCACUCGCAUCCUCCAAGGAUAUUUCCUUCCAGGCUGGACAUCUGGUACCUAGUCACAGGCAGGACUUCGUGAUGCACCCUGCAGACACUGCUCUGGCUGUGUCUGUUGCUGCGCUCAGUGAUCCUAACCUUACAGGAUUUGCUGACCCAUCCAGCGGCAGUCUGCCGAGUGUGUACCUGGAGCAGGGCCCUGGUUCAGGCAGUGGAGGGGCGGUCCAGGUCGGUGGUUUCCUGGUGACGCAGCCCCUCAUGCCAGCUCCUGACUUCUUUCUCCCUCAGAGGGCCUUGCCUCACACCCUGUCUUCUAGCCCCCCAGAUCUGCUGCCAGCCUCACCUACCUUCCUUGACUCUGGGUCGGCUGUGGAGCUAAGCCAGUACCUCUCCCCAAGCCAGGUGCAGUGGUCUAGUGGCCAAACUUCAGGCGAUGCUUUCUGGGGAGCCAAGAUGCUGCUGGAGUUCUCAGGGGGCAGCCUCAGCUGAACUGUCCCUCUGGAGCCUGUCCCUGGGACAAUGACGUGUGUCCAACACAACCAGUUGCAGUAUUCUGGAUAGAAUGCAGAGGGUCCUGUUGGAUGCCAAGAGCUGCUUAGCUCGCAGCCAUGUGUAAACAGUUUGGUCAGCAGCUCCUUGUGUUGGGGAAUGCAUCUGGGAGAAGUUGGUGGUUCAGCAGCUGGAGGUAGAUCUGUCCACUGAGGCAUGGAUAGACUGAACUGGAGCUCCCUGAGUUCCUACAAAGAAUGACAGUCCACUGCAGCUGCUCUCUUACCUUUCGUGCUCCAGGCCAGGUGCCCUCAUGCAGGAAGCUUUGUGAGGAAGGCCUGGCGGGUGAUCAUGCUGACUGCCUUGUGGUUUUUGGAACUUCCCUGAGUACUGGGGUUUUCUGCAGGGUGGAAUGGGGUGUGUUUUCAGAUUGUAAUUCAUUGUUUGCUUAACAACUAUUGUGUUCAACAAAUUAAAGGUUGUUUUGAACUCCCUGU